AUGGCCUAUACAGAAAUGGUUGAGAAAAAACGAAGAGCAAAUAUGGCAGCAAUGGUAAAAGCCUAUGCAGUAGCAGGCAUUGCCCCUCAAAAUGGUUUAGUUCAAGAUUCUGGUACGGGUGUAGAUGAUCUUAGAGCGACUUGCUGUACAAUUGCCAUUAGUUUUGUAAAAGGAUUGGGAAUUGGUUAUCCACGUUCAACCAUUAAAGAAACUCCUUGUUGGAUUGAGAUUCAACUCUUUCGCCCUCUUCAAUUACUUAAUGAAUUGCUUUCUUCCAAUUGA